GGUUCCACAAGCUACGGCCAGAGGGACAGCAGGUUUAUUUAGGCGUAACUUCAACUCUUAACUCUUAUAAUAACAAUCAUGUGUUUUUGCGCCACCACCGGAGCAAACUGUAACUGAAGAACUUCUUUCCGCCAUGUGACAUUCGUGCUGAGAUAUGGAUGAAGUGCAGUGGAAGAAGUUUGAAUAAAGAAAAGAGUGUGAAGUAGACAUUGUGCCAUCAUGUCCUCCUCCACGAAGCAGCUGAGAAACAUUUGUGUUCUCCUUCCCAACAAACACCAGCUGGAGAUCACAGUCGGGCCGAAGGCCACCGGGCAGGACCUUUUCAACCGGGUGGCAGAGCUUCUGGGAAUCAAAGAGAUGCACUUGUUUGGCCUCACUGUUGUGAGAGACAAUGAACACAUAUUUUUAGACAUGGAGGAGAAACUGGCCAAGUAUUUACCCAAAGAAUGGAAGCAAGAGUCUGGAAAGGGUUUAGAAAAAAGACCCCUGCCUCUGGUGCUCUGUCUCAAAGUGCAGUACUACGUCGAGAAUGGCAGACUUAUUAGUGAACGCAAGGCACGCCAUCUGUACUACUCCGAUCUCCGCGAGCGGGUGCUGCGUUCCGAAUGUCGUCAGCAGGAGGAAGUGUAUUUCCAGCUGGCAGGUUAUGCAAUGCAGGCAGACCUCGGCGGCCAGCAGCUGUCCAAGGAGGGGGAAGAGAAUAACACGUACUUCGAACCCAAGGAGUAUUUUCCCCCAUGGAUAAUAGCCAAGCGUGGACGCGACUAUCUCCUCUGCCAUGGGCCCAAAGUGCAACAGGACUUGUGGGACAUGUCCGCACGUGAUGCCAUCCUCCUCUUCAUCAGGGAAUCCUGUCGGCUGGAGGACGUACCUGUCACAUUUUACAGACUGCAAAAGGACAAGAAGGAAGACCGGGGAACAGCAGUACUUGGUCUGACCUUGAGAGGAAUGCAGGUUUAUCAGGAGGCGGACAACAUUCGACAGCUGCUGUAUGACUUCCCCUGGUCAAAUGUGGGACGACUGACUUUCCUGGGAAAGCGAUUUGAGAUCCAGCCGGACGGCUUGCCAUCAGCCAGGAAACUUGUUUACUACACAGGAUCGUCGUUCCGCUCCCGUCAUCUCCUCCUGCACUUGAGCCACAGCCAUCGCCUCCACCUCAGCCUCCAGCCUGCCCUCAAACAUCUCCGCCUGCUGGAAGAGAGCGAAGAGAAAAAGUCUUACAGAGAGUCCUACAUCAGCGAUGAGCUGGACUUGGACCCACCAGGCAGCGAGAGCAGCCCAGGUUUGUCCCGCAUCUCCACCAGCAGCUCGGGCAUCGAAGCAGACGCCCGCCAGCACAGCAUCUCCGCAGAGAUGACUUCCAUGGAGGAGGAACCGGAACGGAGAGGGGAGAAGUGGUCCAGCUCCGCGGACAGCCAAGUCAGCUCCUCCACGUCCGGCCUGGACAGCAAGGCUCACACGGAGGAUGAGGAGUGGCAAGAGGAAGAAAUGAAGACCAACGUCAGACGGGAAGCUCUUGUGUAUGAUCCAGAUGAAAUGUUCCAGCUUGCUGAUCUUCUCGAGGGUUUGUCUGUGGAUUGCACGCUCUCCUUGGAACCUCAGUCACCAGAGUGCAUAGUGUGCUCCUCCGACAACAAUGACGAUGAAGACGACACAAGAAUACUGAAACAGAUGGUGGAAACUAAGUCACAUUCUUGUGUGGACCGGCACAGUCACAGUCUUGACGAUGUUCGUUUGUUCCCACCUCAGGCGCCCCUGGGCACCACGCUGCCUGCUGAUUCUUCACACAGCUAUACCUUCGGCCUCUCCGGCGCCAACACGAAGACGGCGGUGGAUCACGACUAUUACGCUUUUUUGCACUGCCAAGCCAAACCUUCCUUCUACGGUCGCAGGUCUAGCAACUGCUUGUCUUUGGACCUGCUAGCAGAUGAGCAGUUCCUGGAGUUCAUUCUAUGAACAGGCGUUUUAUAUGUGGACCAGGUGAUCAACUGUACGUUUGUUUUGCUUCCGAUUGUCUGGAUGAGGUCACAGACAUCACAUACAACAACAUGUCUAUUUAUUGACGCUGUUCUCUAUUUUGUACAUACAACUUGCACUAUUUUAUAACGUUUCAGCUUCUCCGCAAUCGUUGUGUUCUGUGUGCCUGCAAUCUCUUAAGACAGGGGUGGGCAAACUACGGCCCGGGGGCCACAUCCGGCCCGCCAAGUGUUUGAAUACGGCCCGUCCGUUCUUUCCAAAGUAUAUCAUUUAAACUCAACAUACGAACUGGCAUCAUGGCUUGAGCCAACCUUUUGAUGGUUUUAUCAAUUUUGUUAUUUGACGUGGUCUGUUGUUUACAAAGUGCUCCUGAAAAAAGGGACACAAUAAUAAUAAUAAUAAUAAUAAUAAUAAUAAUAAUAAUAAUAAUAAUAAUAAUAAUAAUAAUAAUAAUAAUAAUAAUAAUAAUAAUAAUAAUAAUAAAAUUCAAAAUAUUUUAAUAUAAAAUAUUUUAAUAUAAAAUAUUUAAAUAUAAAUAUAAAAUAAUAAAUAAUAAUAGUAGAUUGCGUGACACUUUUACAGAUACAAUAAUACCAAGUGGACUGUUACGUGUAAAAUAUAUAGUCUGCCCCCCCCCCCCCCCAUUUUGUUAAAUCAAUGCGGCCCGCGAGUCAAAAAGUUUGCCCACCCCUGUCUUAAGAGGUCGAUAUUGACAGCAAAAUAACUUUUAAUGUCAUGCGCUUUUGGAUAUUCAUUACGUGGAAAUUCAAUUUCACCUAUUUACCAACUCCAGCACUGCAAGAACACCUCAAAUGUGUUGAUUGGCUGAGAAUGUACAGCAGCCACAGUGCCAAUGCUUGUGCUCCUCAGUACCUCAUUGUAUUUUUUUUUAUUGUUACUUUACACUCGUUUUGUACAUUUUGCUCAGUCAUGCUUUUCCUGUUAUUCCGGCACAGCAAUCAUAGCUUAUUGGUAUGGAAAACGGAACCUCUUUUCAGCUUGUGAAGCAUUCAUCCAAAGUUUCUGCAUGCUUAAACUCUUCUAACCACUUUCAUGAUUACGACACUACAAAGCUCUAUUUCUGUAACCGCUAAGUUUAUCAUGAAUCUGCAGUAUUUUUAUAUUAUGUAACUGCCAAACAAAGAGCCUUUCUGUCAAGUUAUUUUUUUUUUCACCGUUUUGUAAACUCUAAUUAGUAUGCAAAAGAACUUGAGGCAGCAUGAGCUCACUGGGAAGGAAUGUUAGCGAUGAAACACUCAAAUCUGUCAAUGUAUGAACAACCUGCUGGUUGACUCAUUUUUAUCUGAAGCACUGUUUUUUAAGAUAGCCAAAAUAAAUUUUACUACAUUAUGUGCACAUCAUUUUAUUUCAUUUCUUGCUUUAACAGUUACUGAAACUUAUUGACUGUUUUUCUUGUAAAGUGUAAUAUAUCUCUGGUUUGUACACUGUACUAUACUAUAAACUAUACCCUGAAUGUAUAUGUUCUAUUGCAGGAGGUGUAUAGCACUAAUAGGUACUUUUCUCAAUUUUGAUCAUUUUACCAGAGACAUUACAGUCGAUAAUCCUCUAAAUCAGGGGUCUCAAACUCAAUUUACUUGGGGGCCACUGGAGCUAGGGUCUGGGCAAGGCUGGGCCGCAUCAGGUUUUCCAAAAAAAAAAAAAAAAAAAAAAAGCAUUUAUUAAAAACAGAAAAAUAUACAAACUUUUUCAGUGCUUUGGUUCCGAUUUUCUACAAUAAAAGCUCUGAUAAAACAUUCCACUGUUCUCAAAAAUCUUAAUUUUUAUUUUUCUGCACAAAAUAAGAUGAAAAAUAAACAAAUCAAGAAUAAAGAAAAUCAAUCAAUCAGAAAUAAAUAUAAUAAUAAUAAAAUGGCAAAUAAUAAAAACUUAAGAAACCACAUAUAGUUGGUGGGUAGACAAAUGAUUUUUUUCAGAUUAAAAUGAACAAAGCAUUAUUAGAGCACUUGGGGGCCACUGGAGCUAGGGUCUGGGCGAGACUGGGCCGCAUCAGGUUUUCAAAAAAAAAACAAA